UCUGCGUUGCUGCUACCUUGCAUCUAUCCAUCCAUCCAUCGUUCGACCUUUCGACCACCUUCACGUGUUGUUUUUCUGAAUUCAUUGGUUGCCAACGUCCUGGAAUCAUGGUGUCUUGGCCGUUCGCAAAGAGAAGGAAGAGCACCUUCAGUGCCUCGCCUCUCAAAGUUGAGUCCGUGGAGGAGAAGACCGUCAAAAGGGACUCUGUCCAGGAAGAGGACGCCCACCACUAUCACCGCGACACCGCCGACGUUGAGAUACCCGAGCAACAAUCCGCACUCCUUCUUCAUGCCGUUCGUCAGCCUUAUGAGGCUACUUCCGAAUAUUCGAUACCAAAGCUGGAGCACGAUUACGAACUUCUUGUCAAAGUGAAUGCAGUGGGCUUGAACCCUAUCGACUGGAAGUCACCUGACUAUGGCUUCGGCAUCCCAACCCUACCUUUCAUAUCUGGCCGCGAACUUGUCGGCACUGUCGUCCAGGCACCAUCCGCACCAAACUCUCGCAUCAAAAAGGGCGACGUCGUCAUCGUCCCCUCCACUGACUACCGUGACCUUAGAAAAGCAGCAUUCCAGGAGUACACAAUCGCGUCCUCAUUCAACACAAUAAGAUUACCCAAGCACACAUCACAAGAGUCUGGUUCGAUAUUGGGUGUCGCCUUCGUUGCAGCGGUGUUGGCCCUUGGUAUUUGCAUGGGCGUGAGCUUUGAAGACAUUGAGAACGGGCCCGAUCUACGUAAAAUUGUUCGGGAGAUUGACCCCGAGCGACUACCAGAAGACAUUAGGCAAGAGUGUCUGAAGGGCAUCGAGGAUGAGGAAAGGGCAAAAUCCGGUGAUUUUUUGGUCAUUUGGGGUGGAAGUUCGACAUGCGCACACACGAUGAAGCAGAUCGCACGCGCGGCAGGUCUUAAGAUCAUUUCGGUAGUAGACACAGGAAAGCAUGGACUCCGUCUUUCGAGCACAGAAUCAAUCAGGCCGGAUUUAAUCGUCGACAGCCACGACCCGGAGCGCGCCAUCGCAGUAAUCCGUGCUGCAACUGAGAACUCUGCACGAUUUGGAUUUGAUACCCAGGGCAAGGAUUCGGCGGCACAACUUCUACGAUCUCUCGCUUCGACAGACCCCAAGACCGCUUUGCCAAACGAUAUUCAAGACUACGAAGCCGUAAAGACAAAACUUCCAACUCCACCGUCUACCCCUUCAGAGCUCUCGAAGACUCAACGCUCACAUCUCGUCGGCCUCACAGGUCUGCCAAAGACCGACAUUCCAGACAACACCGCCCUACACAGCAUUCCAAUUAAACUUUACCAUGAGAUUCCAGAAAUAGGCGAGGCACUGAGUGAGUGGUGCGAGCGAUUGCUUCUCAGCAAAGCACUUCUUCCACCGGACGUCGUUGGAACAGUAGAUGGACUGGAUGGAAUCAAUGACGGACUAGAUAGAUUAAGGAAAAGAGAGAUCAGGGGAGGACGAUUGGUUGCAACGCUUUCAUGA